UUAAUUGAAGAGCUAUGUGUCCAUCAUUAAAAGGUAAAUAAAAAGUUAAAUUUGUGUUAGGAUUAUUUUGCGCACAGACUUGAAUGUUCCUUCUCUCACAAACGUCGCUAAGAGUCUCCCGCCCCACCCCCAACGGAACGUUUCCGUGGAAACCAAUAACAAAGCAUAGGAGUUGAGUUGUAUUAAGAGAAGAAACAACCUAUCUUAAAUACUACAGCAAUGGCAUUACCGUUUCUACCCGGGAAUUCUCCCAAUAAACAACUGGGCAGGGAGAGAUUUCACAAAUCCCAACAUUUUGAACGUUUCAAUGGAGUCCCUGUGUUGGCAUCUUCGAAGCCAGGCAUUGGAGGAGAACUGUUAGCUGGCCAGAAGAUUAAACCAAAUUAUUCUGUUUAUCCCAAAGGACAGGGGAGUGAUUUACCGUCAUGGGUGGCCUUUGACAAACAGGUUCUGUGUUUUGAGGCAUACUUUCAGGAAACUGUACCCGAGGCACAAGAUGAGACAUACAGAAUCAGGAAGUGUAAGAUCUACUUCUACCUGGUAGAUGAUACCAUACAGGUGGUGGAGCCAGAGUGCAAGAACAGUGGCAUCCGUCAAGGAACACUUAUUCGACGACAACGAAUUCCACUGCCUCCUCCAAAUGAUGAUCGGUUCUACAACAUUUUCCAUUUCAACAUCAACCAAGAGAUGAUGCUGUAUUCACGCACAUUCACUGUGACCAGCUGUGACUCCUUCACAAGGAAUUUUCUCACAAAACUUGGUGUGUGCCUAAAUGACAGUGUCGCUGUACCGACUGACCCCUACAGCAACCUCCGGGAACAGAUUGAGAAAAGUAUGCAGCCACGUCGGCCGUACGAGAGAUUUGACACACUGAAGCAGUUCCUGGACAAUGACCGCCAAGUCCUGCGCUUCUACUGCCUCUGGGACGACACAAAGAGCAUGUUCGGAGACCUCCGAGAGCUCAUGCUGCACUACUUCCUGGCUGAUGACACCAUAGAGAUCCUGGAAGUUAUUCCGCCAAACUCUGGGAGAAAUACCAUGUCCAAAUUCCUGCAGCGAAGCAGACUACCUAAGUGUACUCCAGCCCAAAUGAAACGGCAUGGAGAGAUCACAAACCGCACAGUGCUCAAUGUGUUGGCAUCAUCGAGUAAGGGAAACCGCUAUAUUCUGGACAGCCUCAAGUUGCAGACAGGAGCUGUCCAUGAGGAGUUUUAUAAAGACUGUGAUCUGACUGUGGGAGGGGUGGUGAAUGUGUGGGGCAGGAGAGUGAUCAUCACUGACUGUGACGACUUCACAAAAGACUACUACCGCUCCAAAUACGGCAUAGAGGACUUCACACCAGUGAAGUACAAAGCUCCCCCAGCCCCAAAGUCCUCCAUGCCUGUACCCCCCUACAAUGGGUUUGGCUCAGAGGAAGACUCACUGAGUUCCUGCCAGGGUCUGCUGCCCAAGCCCCCUCAGAAAGAUUUCUGCAAAUUUAUGGAGAAAGACAGAUGCGGCCUAGACAGUAAUGUGCUGAAAUUCAUUGCUAAGAUGGUGACCAAAGAUCCAGUUGACAGAGACAGGGCAUUCAUCAUCUCCUUCUACCUCUGUGAUGACUCCAUCAGUGUGUUUGAACCCCCACAGAGGAACUCAGGUGUGCUUGGUGGUAAGUUUCUGCAGCGUGGUCGUGUAAAGAAGCCAGGCCAGGAGCUGUUUAAGAGCGAGCCAUCGGAGUACUUCACAGCUCAGGAUCUGUACGUCGGAGCUACCCUCUAUCUCUAUGAUAUGCACUUUCAGCUUCUGGAUGCUGAUGAAUACACCUUCAGCUACAUGGAGCAACAUGCCAAGGAGUUCCCCCGAGCCAACAUGGACAAUAUACUAAGUAAACUGCGUUCUACUCCGGAGGAGAAACAGACUGAGAUCAGGAAGUUCCUGGCUCUCAGUGACCCCAGCAACACGGGCUUCAUCCCCUAUGAGUCAUUCAGGGGACUGCUGAUGGGCUUGGACUGUGGUUUGUCGGAGCAUGAGGUGCUGGUCCUGGGCCGAUUUUUUUCAGAGUGCAAGCAGCCUGAGGUGGACGUGGGCCUGAUGCUGGCUGUUGCUCAGGACUUCCUCAAGAAGAAACACUUUGAAGAGUUUCCUGACAUGGCCAGAGCCUUCAAACACCAGGACCGACACGAAACUGGCCGUCUCCCCACAAAAAAAACAAGGGCUAUCUGUAAGGCCUUCAAGCUACCCCUGCCUGAGAACCUGCUGGACUGUCUGCUCAGCAAGUUUUCAGAUGGCGACGAGAUUGACUACCAUGCCUUCCUGGCUGGCAUUAACUGGGCAGAGCACCCUGCUCCUCCAGUAAUGCCCAAAGACACCUUAAAGUUUGUUGUGAAUACUUUUGGCGCCGAUGAGUCUACAGUGAAAAACAUCAACUACUCUUCCCUUCUGCAGGAUGUAUUCAGCUUUCCUUCCAGCAAAGAUAACCCAACACCUGCCACCUCAACAUAGACACAAAAUGGGAGGUGAACCAGUUUUAGUUCACAAACACACACAUUCACUACUUGUUGCUCAAUUAAAGAACAUGGUCUAUGAACUAA